AUCUUGGGUCCCGGAGACCUUGGCUGCUCCCGACCUGGUUCUGUCCGACUCUCUGCAACUUUUCUGCUCUUCUGAAAGAUAAGAAGGGAUCUCCUUUUGAUCACCCACCGCUGGUCCCAUGGCUGCCAUGCAGAUGGAUCCCGAACUUGCCAAGAGCCUCUUCUUUGAAGGGGCCACUGUGGUCAUCCUGAAUAUGCCCAAGGGGACAGAGUUUGGCAUUGAUUACAACUCUUGGGAAGUGGGACCCAAGUUCCGGGGUGUGAAGAUGAUUCCACCAGGCAUCCACUUCCUCCACUAUAGCUCUGUGGACAAGGCCAAUCCCAGGGAUGUGGGCCCUCGGAUGGGCUUCUUCCUUAGCCUGCAGCAGCGGGGGCUGACGCUCCUGCGCUGGAACUCGGCCCAGGAAGAGGUGGACCUUUCCCCAGCCCCAGAAGCUGAGGUGGAGGCCAUGAGGGCCAACCUCCAGGAGCUGGACCAGUUCCUAGGACCUUACCCAUACCCCACGCUCAAGAAGUGGAUCUCACUCACCAACUUCAUCAGCGAGGCCACAAUGGAGAGGCUGCAGCCUGAGAGCCGGCAGAUCUGCGCCUUCUCAGAGGUGCUUCCUGUGCUCUCCCUGAAGCACACCAAGGACCGGAUGGAGCAGAAUCUACCCCGCUGUGGCACUGAGUGCAAAAGCUACCAGGAAGGCCUGGCUCGGCUGCCUGAGAUGAAGCCCAAAGCCGGGACAGAGAUCCGCUUCUCAAAGCUCCCCACACAGAUGUUCCCAGCAGGUGCCACGCCAGCAGAGAUAACCAGACACAGCAUGGACCUGAGCUAUGCUCUGGAGACUGUGCUCAGCAAGCAGUUCCCCAGCAGCCCCAAGGAUGUGCUCGGCGAACUUCAGUUUGCCUUUGUAUGCUUCCUGCUGGGCAAUGUGUACGAGGCAUUUGAGCACUGGAAGCGGCUCCUGAACCUCCUGUGCCGGUCGGAGGAAGCCAUGGUGAAGCACCACACCCUCUACAUCAGCCUCAUCUCCAUCCUGUACCACCAGCUCGGCGAGAUCCCCGCAGACUUCUUCGUGGACAUCGUCUCCCAGGACAACUUCCUCACCAGCACCUUACAGGUUUUCUUUUCCUCUGCCUGCAGUGUUGCUGUGGAUGCCACCCUGAGGCAGAAAGCUGCAAAGUUCCAAGCUCACUUGACCAAGAAGUUUCGGUGGGACUUCGAAGCGGAGCCUGAGGACUGCGCCCCGGUGGUGGUGGAGCUCCCCGAGGGCGCGGAGACCGGCUAACUGGAGUGCUCUCGGCCGGGGAGGCCCCUUCCCACCCAGCUGCAGUCCUGACCUCUUCACUCACCCCUUCUACCGGGACCUGCCAGAGCAGCGGCCCCACCAGGUUCUGCAGUGAUGGAGCCAGAAGUCCCUCCUUCACCAGUAAAUGAGUUCCUUCAGUGCCGAAGAGGCUGCACCGCCCUGCAGGCCCACUGUGGGUUCCCCAUCAGCCUGACCUUGGUGCUGACCCGACUGAAUUCCGGGUGGACUCUUCCCGAAGCUCUUGGGAGAGGCCUGCCUCAGCAGCAACCUACUUCCUUCUGAGUGAGAAGACAUUGAGCAAAAAGCCCAACAGAACUGAUUGCUCAUUCUACAGCAUGGUUAGAACACAAGAAACCCUGGACCACCAAGGAGUCUGGGAUGUCAGUUGGUGACUUUUAGGUUCAGCAGAGGGCAGCAGGGAGAUGAGCCAGAGUUUCUGCCCGCCUCUUGUUGAACGGGAACACAUCACAGAAAACAUGGGCAUCUGGCCACUCAGGAGCCCGGGAUUGGGGAGAGUGUGCACAGAGGACAAUUGGGUUGUGUCUGACAAGGCAUCAGCUUUUGUUUUCUCCAUCUAAGUUCCUUUCUCCCAUCCAGAAGUCCCAGUGGAUAUCUUCCCAAGGUUGUCAUAGUGCCUGAGGUCAGGGGGCCUCACCUUGCUUGUGCCGCACCUCUCCCGUUUGUUCUAUUCUGAGACCUCAGAGGCAGAAGUGGGACUUGGCGACCCUCCUGCGUGACCAUGUUCCUCAUCAGAGCUGGCAUGACUGGUUUUGAUGGCCUGGAGAUUCAACAGCAAAGAGAAAGGUUCUUGCUCUGGACAGGCUACUUUGGCCCUGUUGGAGUUCAGAGCCCUAGAGAGGGCCGGUUGGCCUGGGUCUUUCCACCCUGCUGUGGAGCUGUCGGCCACCGGAGUGAUGACUCGCGGGUUUCCUGGGAGUCCUGAGAGCAUGCCCAUCGCGCACACAGGCCCCUCCAUCCUGACCUCCAGGGGGUGCGCUCUGUUCAGAGUCCCUGUACUUUCUUUCCCAAGGCUGCAGCUCACACCAGGUUUCUGAAUGAGAAAUCCUGCCGGUUAAGAUGUUUGGUUCCACUCGUUUCCUUGGAGAUGUUUUUCCAAGAGUAUAAUGUACAUUAAAGUCUUUGAGUUGAGACUGAA